UGAGUAUCUUAAUGCUAAAGUCUGUUUUCUUCUUCACUGGUUUAGUCCAUUGACUGUGGCAGAGCAAUGUUGAGCUACACAUUUAAAACCUUAAUAUGACAAGAAAAAUCUCCACUGGAUAAUUCACUCUGAACCUCUAAAACUCUUGAUUUUUAUCUUAUAUUUCACAUCAUGUUUUUGUUUAAAUGAAUUACAAUAAAAAUACAUAAAUAUGAUAACUAAAUCAUCUCUAUUUCAACCAUCAGACAAUAACAAAUAUAUUCUGUAAUUGCUUUUUCCAACAUGUUCAUGAAGCUAUAUGAUGUUUAUACUGACUGAAGAGUUUAAACUGAAGAAGCUUUGAUUUUAUGACUCCACUAUUCCUAAAAGAAAUGUUGUAGAUGUCUUUUGUUCACAUCCUGACAUAUUUGGCAUCUUUGGAAACUUUGGGAUCUUGAGUCGAAUCUUAAAUCAGUUUCUGUGGGUUUUUAUUUGUGUUUGGCUGCACAACAUGAGUUUGUAUAGAUGGAGCCACUGGUGGAGCUGACAGAGGUUAAGAGGUGAAGUCACUACGUCUUUAUUGAAGCAGCAGCACGAUGUCAUUAAUAUUAAUGAGAGCUCUUUUUCACUUUUGUAUUUUACAGUUUUGAACCUGCAGCCUGUUGGGUUCAGGUGUUUGGAGUUUCCAUUUUCUAAACUUCUACUUUCUCAACCUUCUUCAGCUCUGAGCAGAUUAUUAAACACUGAAUGAUUUCAAGCAGGAACAUUGUCUUCUACUGUUACAUCAUUUAUUCUUUAUUCAGAUUGAGUUGCUGCAGUUUGUCAGAGAUCAGCUGUGCUUCUCUGGCCUCAGCUCUGAAGUCCAACCCCUCCCAUCUGAGAGAGCUGGACCUGAGUGAAAACUACCUGCAGGAUUCAGGAGUGAAGCUGCUGUGUGGUUUUCUGGAGAGUCCACACUGCAGACUGGAGACUCUGAGAUUGAGUCGCUGCAGUUUGUCAGAGAUCAGCUGUGCUUCUCUGGCCUCAGCUCUGAAGUCCAACCCCUCCCAUCUGAGAGAGCUGUCGCUGGAUGGAAACAAGCUGCAGGAUUCAGGAGUGAAGCUGCUGUCUGAUCUUGUGAAGAGUCCACACUGCAGACUGGAGACUCUGAGCUGGUGGCCUCUGUCAGAGUGUAAGUGAUCAGAAAGGCGGUUGUGUUGAGAGGACCAGCUGUGUCCUGAUGAUCCAGAGGUUGAAGCAGCAGCUGGUGUGUGGAGAGGCUCUGACUGGGCCAUGUUACUGGGAGGUGGAGAGGAGAGGAGAGCUUCACCCAGCAGUGACUGACGGAGGAAUCACAACAAGUGGAGAUGAGUGUCAGUGCUGCAGUCUGAACUGCUCUGAGAUCAGCUCCACUGUCAGACACAAAGGCAAGUCCACCAUCGUCCCUGUGUGUUCCUCUGGAUGUGACAGAGUAUCGUCAGUGGAUCUGGACUCUCUGCUGCUGCUCUGUCCUUCUACACCGUCUCUGCAGACACACUGAGACUCCUCCACUCCUUCUGCUCCACACUCAGCCACCUCCUCCACCUGGACCUGGACGUGAGUCUGGAUUUAGUUUUUUCUUUCUUUUUUGAUUCAGUCUGUGGUUAUCUCUGUAUUUCUUUGUGUUGCACCUCCACAUUGUUGACUGAUGGAGAACUGCUGUUAAUUUUCACAUUAUACUGUAUCAUGGAGGUUGAAGUCAGAA